AGCCAACAAAAAAAUCAACCUGCAUCAACACUUCAAAAGUAGCCCAAUUUCGCGGGAAAAACGGCUGAACUGGCAACCUUCAUUGAUGCUAGGAAACAUUUCGAGUUUAGCUGCUGGUUGGACAAGGAAGGACUGAGGCCUGCCCCCCUGUUGGCAUCUGGAUAAAAACAACAACAAACUGUUAUUGGUGCUCACUGGGACGUCUGCCUUCGCUGUGAGGAGGACAUCUCUCUCCAGAGUCUGUAAAGCUUCUGCAUUUUGAGCCCCUACACUUGUGAUUGUUACUGCAUUCAAAGUAUCCAGCUACGGUAGAACCACAAGUACCGCAACCAAGCAGCAGCCUGGUCAAUAUUUUAUAGCUUCUUAAUGGCCACUGAUGUUUCAUUCUGAUUUAUAAUUGAGCCUUGAAGCCAUUACCACCUUAUAUCAAAUUUACAUCAUAACCGCUACAGUGCUUUAUAUCAAAACUGUAGCCACAGCAGGUCAUAGUUGCCUCACUACUUAUUGACACAUCUUUACAUGUUAUUGUAGUUCCACACGUACAACCAUUACACUGACGCGUGACCCCACAGUUAACUCCACAAACUCAGGAUGGAGGAGCCCAUUUAUGCGACAGGCAUGGCUGCCAAGCUGAGGAGCCAGUGGGAUCGUGAUGAAGGUCUGGGACAGAAUCACAAGGCUGUGAAGUUUCUGGGUCAGGACUACGAGAGUCUGAAAGCCUACUGCCUCCAGAGUCGGAAGCUGUUUGAGGAUACUUUGUUCCCUUGUGCCGCAUCUUCUCUGGGAUUCAAGGAGCUCGGCCCCAAUUCCGCCAAGACCUCCGGAGUGCGCUGGAUGAGGCCUACGGAGUUCUGCAGAUGUCCCGAGUUCAUCGUAGGUGGAGCCACUCGCACAGACAUCUGCCAGGGAUCUUUGGGUGACUGCUGGCUGCUGGCAGCCAUCGCCUCGCUGACCUUAAACGACAACCUGCUCCACAGAGUGGUUCCUCACGGACAGAGCUUCCAGCAGGAAUACGCCGGCAUCUUUCACUUCCAGUUCUGGCAGUUUGGCGAGUGGGUGGAUGUGGUGAUCGAUGACCGGCUGCCAGUGAAGGAUGGGAAGCUGGUUUUUGUCCACUCGGCAGAGGGAACCGAGUUCUGGAGCGCGCUGCUGGAAAAGGCCUACGCUAAGUUGAACGGCUGUUAUGAGGCUCUCUCAGGCGGCAGCACGUCCGAAGGCUUUGAGGACUUUACAGGCGGCGUGACGGAGGCAUUCGAGCUGAGAAAAGCCCCGUCCGACCUCUACGGCAUCAUGAGAAGGGCCAUAGACAGAGGAUCGUUGCUGGGCUGCUCCAUAGACAUCACCGGCUCGGGUGAGAUGGAGGCCGUCACGUUUAAGAAGCUGGUGAAGGGACACGCCUACUCUGUGACUGGUGUGGAAGAGGUGAAUUACAGAGGAAGUCCGACCAAGCUGGUUCGUAUCCGGAACCCCUGGGGGGAAGUGGAGUGGACCGGAGCCUGGAGCGACAACUCCAGAGAGUGGGACAGUGUGGAUAGCUCCGUCAGAAGUCGGCUACAAAUACGCAGCGAGGACGGGGAAUUCUGGAUGUCAUUCAGUGACUUCCUGCGCGAGUUCUCCCGUCUGGAGCUCUGCAACCUGACGGCUGACGCCCUGGAUAACAGCCAGCUGAAGAAAUGGAGCACCUCGGUCUAUUCGGGAGAGUGGAGGAGGGGCAGCACUGCUGGAGGCUGCAGGAACUUCCCAGCAACCUUUUGGCUCAACCCUCAGUUCAAGAUUACGCUGCAGCACCCCGACUCCGGCCAUUCAGACUGCAGCUUCCUGGUUGGCCUUAUGCAGAAGGACCGCAGGAAGAAACGGCGUGAGGGCGAAGACAUGGAGACCAUCGGGUUUGCCCUGUAUGAGGUUCCAAAGGAGUUUGCAGGCAGUUCAGCAGUCCACCUGAAGCGAGACUUUUUCCUCACCCAUGCCUCCAGCGCUCGCUCAGAGACCUUCAUCAACCUGAGGGAGGUCAGCUCGCGUCUGAAACUGCCGCCCGGGGAAUACAUCGUCGUCCCCUCCACCUUCGAGCCGAACAAAGAGGCCAACUUUGUCCUCAGAGUUUUCUCUGAGAAACCCGCCAACUCCGAGGAGCUUGAUGAUGACGUUGUAGCGGAUCUUCCACCAGAGACUCAGCUGGAUGAGAGCCAGAUCGACAGCUCCUUUAAGAAUCUCUUCAGACAGCUGGCAGGGCCGGACAUGGAGAUCAGCCUCACAGAGCUGCAAACCAUCUUGAACAGGAUCAUCAGCAAACAUAAAGACCUGAAAACGGAUGGCUUCACAAAAGAAGCUUGUCGCAGUAUGAUAAGCCUCAUGGACACGGAUGGCAGUGGAAAGCUGGGCCUGACAGAGUUCCAUGUACUCUGGGAAAAGAUUAAACGAUACCUGACCAUAUUCAGGCAGUUUGAUGUGGACAAAUCGGGCACCAUGAGCUCCUAUGAGAUGAGGAUGGCUCUUGAAUCUGCAGGUUUCAAGCUGACCAACCAACUGUUCCAGCUGAUCAUCCUGCGCUACACCGAGGAUGACAUGUCUCUCGACUUUGACAACUUUGUCACCUGUCUGGUGCGACUGGAGACCAUGUUCAAAACCUUUAAGACCAUGGACACAGAUAAAGACGGUUUCAUGACCCUCAACUUCCAUCAGUGGAUUACUCUGACCAUGUUUGCCUAGAGAUGAGUGGACUCCUCUAUAAAUCUUGCACUGCAUCCUGCUGCAGCUUCAGGCCCAGUAUGUGUUGUUUCAGAAGUGCCUUUUUUUCUGCACCAGUUCUUCCUCUCUCUGCCAAGGCCCUCUGAUGCUAAACAACUGUAAAUUUAGCUUUACAGUGUCUACUUUAGAAAUAAUGUGCCAAUCCGUUUUUUGUCACAUAUUUUGCCAACAGAGGAAAGCUCACUUCUCGUAGCUUGGCGUUCAGUUCGCUGAGCUACAACCUUUUUAGCUUUAAAAUCAUUUCUUGUCUUGGGGCAGAGUUACUCUGGGGGAAGAAAAAAAACUUAUUGUUAAAUUUCAGUUGGUGAAAGCAAUUCUUUUUAGUGAUAUGUUACUUGCUUGGUGAAAAAAAAAAAGCAAUCUAUUUUCUUAAAAAUUACCUCCUUAUCCUAUAAGACCAAUCGCCUGACUUAUAAGAAAGUAAAUAAAUCAAUUAAGCAACUGAAUAAACUGAUGAAUUAACUAAUAAACACUCAUUAGUAAUAGCCCAAAAUGCCUAAAGAAAGGGAGGGGAAAAACACCAUUAAUGUUUACGUCUCGCACUGUCACAAGCGCGCUUCCUCCUACUCAGUGAUGUUCACAACCAGGCCUGUGGAUUAUCAGUAAGUGAUGAGGGAAAACAAAUCCUGUGGCUAGUCCACCAAGAGUUAAUGUACUUGAGGACAAUCGGCAAAAUGCUUCAGAGCUUUAUUUUUUUAACCUGCUGUCAGUUAUUACAAUCAUCGGUGCCAGAUGUGGUCGAUGUGGACAGCUGCUGAGUGUGCCAGCUUUUUCUCCAGCCUAUUUUUAAUGCCACACAUUCAGCCCGUAAGAAUGUGCGCAACAUGUAUCUCUACUCUGCCUUUGUAGCGACAUUGCCAGCCUGGUACUCUCUUUACUUAAUCUCUUUACAUCUUGUGCCAAACUUUGCCUCAGCACCAAAGAGUCCACUCAUAAAGCUUUACUGAGCCCUGCAGUGUGGAGACAAUGAUGGUGUGCUGUAUCAUAGAUAAUGUGUUGAUUUAUAUUCCCUUAAAACCAAUACUGGUUUAGCUUUAAAACAUUACUUAUUAUGCAUGGCACUUUUUAUUGACUGUUUUGCAAAAUAUGAAAAAAAAAAAGAAUUUUAUAUCAUGGUUGUAACUGGGUAUCAUAGUUAAAAAGGGAUGCAUCGUCCUUGUUUAAUCAUGCCUUUCGAAGGGAACAAGUACAUGUCAAUACUUUAGGUGAAGGUAAACUAUUAUGCAAGGUGGAUGGGUAUGUUGUAUGCAUGCAGUGUGAAAUGUGAUAUACUGUAUAUUGUCUGCCUACCGAAUUAUGUUCAACCAGGGGAGCAAGUGUUUUAUUUGAAGGGUUGUAUUCCAAAAUAAUAUGUCAGUUUUGGGGGAAAAAGACUUGAACGCUUUUUAAUAUGGAGGAUCUACAUGUUACGUAUUGUCAUUUUCUUAUCAAGCAAAGAGUUGCAAGUGUUUCCAAUGCCAAAGUAGUUUGUUCUACCAAUUAUUUUUGUGUUUUUUGUAAAUGGAAGAAUUGAAUUUGAAACAUUUAAUCAAAAAUUGAAAGCUAAAACCUUAAGAUCCUCCAGCAUUCAUGUCUUCAGUUUUUGCAGCAUAAUGCUUAUAUAACAUUACCUAAUGUUUACAAUGGUAACAUUGGUGUCCCUUUGGACUCAGUCAUCAUGCAAUACAUUUGUUUAACUGUGUAGCGUCUCUGUAAAACUUCUAUACACACUUUGAAAAUAAAAAUGGGGAUUUUA